AUGCCUCUAUCACACCUCCACAUUCCUAGGCCUCUUAUAGUGUACACUAGGCAUCCACCUCCUCCACCUCCCAUUUCAUGUCCUGCACUUGCAUCUUUGUCAUUAGAUCUGGAACUCAAAUAUGAUCUUCCCAUUGCACUACAUAAAGGUAAAUGUGAAUGUACAUAUCCUAUUUCUUCUUUUGUUUCUUAUAAUCAUUUCUCCUCUUCUUCUUGCUAUUUUAUUGCUUAUCUUGAUUCUAUCACUACUCUUAAAACUGUUCAUGAAGCUAUGUCUCAUCCUGGUUGUCUUGUUGCAAUGAUAGAAGAGAUGAAUACUUUAGUUAAAAAUGUGGUUUAUGUUGAUGACAUUGUUAAUAUUGGAAAUGAUGUUGAAGGCAUCUCAUCUCUUAAGUCUUUCAUUCAUUAUAAGUUUUACACGAAGGAUUUAGGGGUGCUCAAGUAUUUAUUGGGUGUUGAAAUUACUCAGAGUAAACAAGAUCUUGAGAAAUAUCGUAGAUUGUUUGGAAAGUUGAAUUAUUUAACUGUGACUCGUCCAGAUAUUACAUUCCCAGUUAGUGUCAUUAGUCAGUUUAUGUCUUCUCAAAUAAUUCAUCAUUGGGUAGCAUUAGAGCAAAUUUUAUGUUACUUGAAAGGAGUACCAAGAUCAGGUAUAGUUUACAAGGAUCAUGGACAUACCCAAAUUGAGUGUUUCUCUAAUGCAAAUUGGGCAGACUCCAAGGUAGAUAGACGAUCUACUUCAGGAUAUUGUGUAUUUGUUGGGGGCAACAUGAUCUCUUGGAAGAGUAAAAAACAAAAUGUUGUGUCUAGAUCCAGUGCUGAAUCAGAAUAUAGAGCUAUAACAUAG